GUCUGACAAGAGCAAGUGAAGAGCGAUCGGAAAAACAAAAACAUUGUAAUUUCACUCGUACUUCUUAUCAUAAGCUGACGAAAUUGAAAUUCCUCCGUUCAAAUUAAAGUUUUCGCAAAAUGUUGAACAUUACGCGGAAGGUGGGCAAUUUAACGCUGUUGCGGACAGUUCGGUCGAGCAUUUCCGGCAUGGAGCUUCCGGUUAUCGAAACCGCCAUCAGGAACUUGAGUUCCGGGAAAUUUAACAUCCAGGAGGAAGCUAUCGCUGGAAGACCGCUCUAUUUAGAUGCCCAAGCAACUACGCCUCUGGACCCUCGAGUGCUCGAUGCCAUGCUACCGUACCUAACGUCUUACUACGGAAACCCACAUUCCAGGACCCACGCAUAUGGCUGGGAAUCGGAAGAGGCAAUGGAAAAGGCCCGCACUCAGGUGGCCAAACUUAUUGGAGCCGAUUCGAAGGAAAUUGUAUUUACAUCCGGAGCAACUGAAUCGAACAAUAUCUCUAUCAAAGGAGUGGCACGAUUUUACGGUGCAAAGAAGCGGCAUGUUAUAACGACCCAAACCGAACACAAGUGUGUGCUGGACUCGUGCCGAGCUUUGGAAGGGGAAGGAUUUCGGGUAAGCUACUUGCCCGUUCAAACCAGCGGCCUGAUUAGGUUGGAGGAUUUAGAGAAUGCUAUCACACCGGAAACUGCACUGGUGUCCAUAAUGACCGUUAACAAUGAAACCGGAGUCAAACAACCUAUUGCCGAUAUCGGUAGAAUUUGCAAAUCUAAAAAGGUAUUUUUCCAUACCGAUGCAGCCCAAGCCUUUGGUAAAAUUCCGUUGGACGUAAACAAAAUGAACAUCGAUCUUAUGUCCAUUUCUGGUCAUAAAAUUUAUGGACCCAAAGGAGUUGGUGCUCUGUAUGUUCGCAGACGUCCACGGGUUCGUGUUGAGGCAAUCCAGAGUGGUGGAGGACAGGAAAGAGGUAUCCGAAGUGGAACCGUUCCAACUCCUCUAGCGGUUGGCCUGGGAGCUGCUUGCGAGAUUGCUCAAAAAGAAAUGGAAUACGACCACAAGUGGGUCGAGUUUCUUUCGAAACGUUUGAUCGAACGAAUUUACAGUGCUUUGCCUAAUGUGAUCCGUAAUGGCGAUCCCGAACAAAACUAUCCUGGAUGCGUUAAUCUUUCGUUUGCAUUCGUUGAAGGAGAAUCGCUGUUGAUGGCCUUGAAGGAUGUGGCACUCUCUAGUGGAUCGGCUUGUACUUCGGCUUCGCUGGAACCAUCUUACGUUUUAAGAGCUAUCGGUGCCGAUGAAGAUUUGGCCCACAGCUCGAUUCGAUUUGGAAUGGGUCGAUUUACAACAAUCGAAGAAGUUGACUACACCGCAGAUAAAUGUAUUAAGCACGUAACGCGAUUGCGGGAAAUGUCACCACUGUGGGAGAUGGUGCAGGAAGGAAUCGAUAUCAAAUCUAUCCAGUGGUCUCAGCACUAAUAAUCUUGAUGGUAGGGAUCGCAGCUUCUAUUGGGAACAUUUCAAAGAUUGUUCCCGUUUAUUAUCAUAUGUAUAGACAUGAGUUAUAAAUCAAAAGUACGAUUUGUAUGUUAUGUUACUUUUGCACGUAUACAUGUUAAAUAAACAAAAUUCAUUAAAUACAAAAACUCAUAA